AUGUAUGCUAAAGCCUCAACAAUAGAUGGCAACAUUGAAGCCAUCGCAUCCCUGCUGGAACAGAGCAGGAUAAUCAAGGACGCGAUUUUUGAGAACUACGUUGUUCUUGUGCAUGGAGAUCUUGGUGUUAUAGAGAAGAUCGAGACUAUAAUGCGCUCAAGGAGAAUCGAGGAGGAUUGGUAUGAGCGGCUAGGCUUUCUCUUGCCAAUACCUGGACUGUUUCACAUACGAAUGGCGUGUGUUGAUGCGAUUAACCGGAUCCAUGGUUCAACACCGGGAAUGCGUAAUGACCCAAAUGGGCUUUACAAAUAUCUUAUGACCCUUUUUCCAAAUAACACUGCCAAGCUGAAUCAGAAAGUCCCCCCCUUCCGCAUGAUGAACGAUGGGAUCGACUAUAUUCUCCGUGUUGCAAUACUCAAUGCAUGGAAGGAAGACAUGGGUGGGGACAUUGCGGGAUUCCUCAAGUCCAACCCAACCCUGGAUGAUAUCAAACAUCACGCUCAGAGCAUUGCCUCCAAACAGUUUCAGGCCAGCCACUUACAUGAACGUCAUCGUCAUGAUAUGGAACAAGACCAAGUACGAAAUAACCAAGUAUUAUUUAACUGUGAUGCAAUGUAUUACCGCAUCCUCGUUCAUGCAAUCAACUAUGGCAUGGUUGAUAUCAUUCUUGACGUCCUUGCCGUGUGGAUUCCAAUCCUGUUGAGCUGUGGGAAGCAUAAGUAUGCUUCGUACCUUGCAAAAUUCCUUGCUAGAGUGAAGCAGUAUCCUGAGGCGUUGUGA